UUGUGUUCCUUUCUUCAGAUCAGCAGAAAUAUGCAUCAGGGAAACCAAACCACCAUCUCUGAAUUCCUCCUCCUGGGACUCUCCAACCAUGCUGAGGAGCAGAAUCUUCUCUUCGUGCUUUUCCUGGGUAUGUACUUGGUCACUGUUGUUGGGAAUGGCCUCAUCACCCUGGCCAUCGGCUUGGAUGUUUACCUUCAUACUCCAAUGUAUCUCUUCCUUGCUAAUCUAUCCAUUGCUGAUAUUUCCUCCAUUUCUACCUCUGUCCCCAAAAUGCUGAUGAAUAUUCAGACCAAGAGUCAAUCCAUCUCUUAUGAGAGUUGUAUCACACAGAUGUACUUUUCUAUUGUGUUUGUUGUCAUUGACAAUUUCCUCUUGGGGGUCAUGGCUUAUGAUCGGUUCGUGGCUAUCUGCCACCCUCUGAACUAUACAACCAUCAUGCAACCCAGGCUCUGCAUUUUGCUGACAGUCAUUCCGUGGGUCCUCAGUAAUAUUGUUGCCCUGACACACACUCUUCUGCUCCUUCGGUUGUACUUCUGUGACAACAACACUGUUUCACACUUCUUCUGUGACUUGGCUUCUCUGCUGAAACUAUCCUGCUCAGACACAACGAUCAAUGAGCUUGUGUUGUUUAUCGUGGGCUUAUCAGUCAUCACCUUCCCUUUUGCCCUCAUCCUCUUCUCCUACAUCUGCAUUGUCAAGGCUGUCCUGAGAAUCUCAUCCACAGAGGGAAUGUGGAAAGCCUUCUCCACCUGUGCCUCUCACCUGACAGUUGUAUUGCUCUUCUAUGGGACCAUUGUAGGGGUUUAUUUCUUCCCCUCAUCCAUGCACCCUGACGACAGAGAUAAAAUUGGUGCAAUACUAUUCAUUGUGGUGACACCCAUGAUGAACCCCUUCAUCUAUAGCUUGAGGAACAAGGACAUAAAAGGUGCCCUGAGAAAGCUCAUCAAUAAGAAAAGUUUCUGCCUUUGA